AAGAGGGAAAAGAAAAAAGGUGGGGAAGGGAGGAAAGAGGGGGAAAAUAGAGAGAGAAAAUUAUAAAGUGGGAAAGGAAAAAUAAGGAAAAGAUAAAAAGGGAAAGAAAAAAGAAAAAAGGGAGAAAGGGGAAAAAAGAAGAAAAAUAAAAGGAGGAAAAGAAAAACAGGGAAAGAAAAAAGGGGAGAAAGUGUGAAAGAAAUAAAGGGGGAAAGGAGAGGAAACAAAAGAGGGAAAGAAAAAAGUAGGCUGAAAAUGAGAGGAAGGAAAAAGAGGAGGAAAAAGAGGGAAAGAAACAGAGGGGGGGGGCAAAGAGGGGAAAAAGAAGAACAAAUUGAGAGGGAAAAAAUCCAUGAGAGAAAAAAAAAUCCAUGAGAAAAAAAAAGAGAGAAAAACAAACAACAAAAGGAAACAGAAAAAAAAAAAAAAGAAUGGAGGAAAAGAGGAAAAAAAAGACGAAGAAGAAGAAGAAGGAAAAAACCCCGAGCCCAGCACACAGAGGGAGAGGAGGCAGGAGCCUGUUUUGCCUCCCAGGCAAUAUUUCUGGAGCCAAUCGGAAUGCGCACCCACCCUGCCCUGCUCCCUAAUUAAAGGCUUGAAGCAGGCGGCCGGGGCUGGAGGUUUGGGCACAGUCUCUUGGUUGCUCUUUGCAAGAGCUGGUGUGGAGGAGCCAGCUCUGGGGCACCUCAGGGCCUCGACAGGGCAGAUCCGUCGGGUUGGGGGGGGGGUCCCAAGGCAAGGCGGGCAGCUGCCCCCGCUCCCCAGCGCCAGCGAUGAGCGGCUCUUUCGACAAGAAGCUCUCCAGCAUCCUGACCGACCUCUCGGGCUCGCUGAGCUGCCAUGCAGCUUCCAAGGACUCUCCCACCCUGCCGGAGUCCUCCGUCACCGACCUGGGCUACUACACCGGGCAGCAUGACUACUACUCGGGCCAGUCCUACAGCCAGCCCGUCAGCCACUACCCCUACCACCAGUUCAACCUCAACGGCAUCGGCACCACCGGCACCUACUCGCCCAAAUCCGACUACUCCUACAGCCCUUCCUACCGCCAGUACAGCCACUUCAGGGACCAGCAGCUCCCGGCCCAAGAAGCAGUGUCGGUGAAGGAGGAGCCGGAGCCGGAGGUGCGGAUGGUCAACGGGAAGCCCAAGAAGAUCCGCAAGCCUCGCACCAUCUACUCCAGCUACCAGCUGGCAGCUCUGCAACGCCGCUUCCAGAAAGCCCAGUACCUGGCACUGCCCGAACGGGCUGAACUGGCUGCCCAGCUGGGGCUCACCCAGACCCAGGUGAAGAUCUGGUUCCAGAACCGUCGCUCCAAGUUCAAGAAGCUCUACAAGAACGGCGAAGUGCCUCUGGAGCACAGCCCCAACAACAGCGACUCCAUGGCCUGCAACUCCCCCCCCUCCCCCGCCGUCUGGGACAGUAACUCGCACGGCAGCGCGCCGGGCAGGACCCCGCUCCCGCAGCCGCUUCCCUACAGCUCUUCCCCGGGAUUUUUGGAGGAGCACAACCCCUGGUAUCACCCCCAGACCCUCAGCGGACCCCAUGGACCCCACCAACCGCCUCCGGCCACCACAAUGCAUCACACCUCCCCGGGGCCUCCCCCGAACACCGGCUCGGUCUAUUAAGAGCCGAAAGGGACGAGAGACUUUGGCAGAAUUCCUUUGUCUCCUUUUUCCCCCUUUUCUUCUCCCUCCCCCCCCCCUUUUUCCCGCCCCUUCCCCUUCUUCUUGGUUGUUUUGUUUUGUUUUUUCCCCUCCCUUCUUUUUCAAACGAAACCAAGCCCCCCGGUACACCCCCCCUAGAUAGAAACCUCCUACAUUCUCCUCUCCCGACUCAUCUCAGGAACAAGAGGACUGCAUAGGGUUAAACCUCCUUUGCCCCCAGCCCAGGGCAGAGAGGACAAAGUGACCAAUUCUUAGAAUUCGUCUUUUCCUUUUUUCUUUCUUCGUUUAACUUUCUUCCCCCCCUCCCCCCCCAAUCGUGCCUUUAAUUAAAACAACCCCCGAGGAGCCACGUCCCAGUGGGAGUUCCUCGCUGGAGCUUUGUUUCCCGCUCCAGGGGUGAGCUGCUCCACACCGCGACCCCUUCCAGAGCACGAGUUGGCACCCAGGAGUGAUGUAAACGGCACCCAGGGUACCCAGGAGGGUUGUGAGGGGCACUCACGGCCCGGUCGGGAUGGAGGAUGCGGCGAAGAGGUGUGUGGGUGCCCAUGGCCGAUGCUGGAGGAACGGAGUGUGCUUUACUGUUGUGGCACCCAAAAUCUAGGGAUUUGCACCCAUAAUCCGAGGAUUGGCGCUCAAAAUCCAAGGAUUUGCCCCCAGAGCCCGGGGACUAGCACGGGAAAUCGAGAGACUGCACCUGAGGUCUGGGGAUGGUUACCUGAAAUCCGGGGACCGGCACCUACAGUCUGGGGACUGCCACCUGAA